AGAACCCGACCAAAGGGCCCAGCCGUGGGGAUUGAUCUCGGCACCACCUCUUCCUGCGUGGCCAUCUGCCAGAAGGGCAAGGUGGAAACCAUCGUCAACAACUACAGCAACCGAAUCACCCCCAGCUGCGUGGCGUUCACCAACCGGGAGCGCCUCGUGGGAGAACCGGCAGAGAUGCAGAGAGGCCUCGAUCCGGAGAACACCGUCUUCGGUGCAAAGCGGCUGAUUGGGCGUCGCUAUGACGACCCUGCCGUGCAGAGCAGUAUGAAGUGCUGGCCUUUCCGAGUGGUUGAGUGUGCAGAGAAGGUCCGAGUGCAAGUGUCCUAUAGAGGGAUGGAGAAGGCUUUUUAUCCAGAGGAAAUCUCGGCCAUGGUGCUGUCCAAGCUGAAGCAGGCGGCGGAGGCCUAUCUAGGCCGCCCAGUCUCCCAGGCGGUCAUCACGGUCCCAGCCUACUUCAGUGACGCCCAGCGCCAGGCCACCAUUGAUGCCGGCGCCAUUGCGGGACUCAGGGUCCUGAGGCUGAUCAGUGAGCCCAGUGCAGCCGCCAUCGCCUAUGGCCUGAAUGACGACACCCACUGGAAAGUGAAGAGGAACAUCCUUGUCUUUGCCCUGGGUGGGGGGACACUGGAUGUGUCUGUCCUCUCUGUCCAAGACGGCAUCUUUGAAGUGGUCGCUACAACCGGAGAUACGCAGCUGGGCGGAGAGGACUUUGACCGGCGGCUGCUGGACCAUCUCAUGCAGGAAUUCCAGAAGAAACACAAAGAGGAUCUCGGCCAGAGCGCCAAGGCAGUGCAGAGGCUGCAGGUGGCUUGUGAGAAAGCGAAACGGGCCCUGAGCGCCAACGUUAGGGCCACCGUCUCCGUUGACGCCCUGCACCAGGGAGUGGACUUCUGCGCCACCAUCACCCGGGCCUGCUUCGAAGACCUGUGUGCUGAUCUCUUCCAGGCCACGAUGGAUCACGUGGAGAGGGCCCUGGAGGAUGCUGGGAUGAAAAAGGCCCAGAUCCAUGACAUUGUGCUCGUGGGAGGCUCUACGCGCAUCCCCAUGAUACAGAACCUCCUGUCAAAAUUCUUUGAGGGGAAGGCGCUCCGGAAGAGUAUCAACCCCGAGGAAGCCGUGGCGCACGGGGCAGCCAUCCAAGCAGCCAUCUUGACGGGCCACCGGUACCAGAACCUGCAGAACCUUCUGCUCUUGGACGUGACCCCCGUUUCCCUGGGACUGGAGACCGUAGGGGGGGUGAUGGACGUCGUGGUGAAGCGUAACUCUCCCAUCCCAACCAAGGAGACCAGAAACUUCUCCACCACCGAGGACAACCAAAACAGCCUUUUCUUGCAGAUCUACGAAGGGGAGCGAACGCUGACCAAACACAACCGCCUCCUGGGAACGGUCACUCUGAGCGGCCUUUGCCCUGCGCCACGUUGCGUGCCGGUUAUUGUGGUCACCUUUGCCGUGGAUCACAACAACAUCCUCACUGUUUCUGCUACGGAAAGAGGCACCGGCAACAGUAGACAGCUCGUCAUCACGAACGCCCGAGGCAGGCUGGAUCGAGAAGAGAUGGAGCGCAUCGUACAAGAGGAGGAAGAAUACAGAGAACAGGAGAAGGUGGAACAGGAGAAGACAGAAGCCUUGAACUCUUUGGAGUCCUCCACUUUCCAGCUCAAGAGGGUUGCUGAGCAAGGAAAGUCGCUGGACGAUCGAGCCAAGAGGAGGGUGCUGGAGAUGUGUGAGGAGACCGCCUUGUGGCUGGAGGAAAACCAGCUGGCGCCAAAGAAGGAGUACGAGGAGCGGAAGAGAGAGCUGGAGGACGUGUGCUAUUCCAUCAUCACCCGAGUUCUCCAGGGAGCCAUCCCGUGCUCUGUGCAGACACGCACAUCACCUUGGGAAUUGGCUUCUAUAAAAAAAGGGAGAGUGUAA